GUUUUCGAAUAUUUUGAUGCGUCUGCACACGUUCUUGUGAUACUCCGGAAAAUUUACCUAAAUUUCCCUCAAUGUCCUGAGCUCCAUAAGAUCAUGACCACCAUAGCAGGCAGUUUGAUGCGCUCUCUCGGGGCCGUGGCACAAAGCAUGGUGCAGGCGACGCCCAUGGCUCUGAGGGGUGUGUCUCAGGGCCUAGCAGCAAGGGCCAUGCCUAGCAGUGCCACCUGGACGCCUCAGGUCACUAGCGUUCGCCACAGGUAUCACGCGGACAAGCUGAAACGAGGGCCACUCAUGAAGAACUAUGGUUAUGAGGACAAGCUCCAUACUAAGGGACUGAUGCCACACAUGGUGCACGGAAAGAGGCUGCCAAUACCCAUAUACCGACCCAAGAAUUCAUGGUCUGAGAAGCGAGCUCUCUUUGGCCAAAAUGAUUAUAUUGACAUCUUGGGAGACGGGAGCCUAAAGCCCACUGAUGUUGCCUAUUCUGUGCCAUAUUGGCUUCGUGGCUUCAAGGGCAACGAGUACCAGAUGCUGUUGAGGAAGCGAAAGUUUUUCCACAACAAGAUGGGCCAGUACCAACCCACAAAGUUGACUGAGCUCAACAAACGGAUCCACAAGCUAUACGUGCACCUUAAUCAAAAGACAAAGGAUUAUUAUUGGCAUAAGGCGUAGUUUUUAUUUUUUUCUUCUUUUUUUUAAUGAUUUAUCAGGGAAGGGGGAGGAUGUAAAAAGGGGUUUAAUUUAUUAUUAUCAUUUGAUUUUAUAUAUAUAAUUUUUUUUUCUGAGUUAUUACAAAUAUGAAAAAUAUAUAUAUAUAUUUUUUUUCAUGUGAUUUUGAUAAUUGAGUAAAAGAAGCAACAUUUUCAUUUUUCCUUAUAUUGGGAAGUGAAAUACAAUAUGCUUUUUUUGUUAAUUAAGAAUCCUUUUUUGUUAUAGAACUGUAUAUAAAACUUUGCCAAAUAAAAUUUGGUUGUAGAACAA